UUUUUUUCCUUUUUUUAACCAUCUGACAUGGGCUCGCGCACCCACAGACAGUUGUCUUAGCUGAAUGAGCAUUGCAAGAAGAGGCGUUUUCUGUGUGGGAUAACUCGAGAUAACCAGCCAAAGGGUUCGUUUCUCUUGGAGAGAGGAAUUGCCGUGUUUUGCAUUUGGGGGAAAUAAUGAAGAAUCCACAUCUUAUAAGUGAUGGCAACUGGAAGACUCUCAGCAUGAAGGAAGCGCCGGUGACUAAAAAGUUCAAGCGUAAGUCACGGGAGCCAGUGAAACGCGUAAGUGAGGUGAAAAGUUCUAAACACGACUCUAAAUUAGACGAGGACUCGAAUGGGGAACCGAUGGACAACACUUUCGUUAUCAACACUCAGCAAAGGUUACAAGCCAUCGCUUCUGUUGUCAGUGGUGGUGGGGAUCACAUUGGACAGUUGGGUAUUUCGGACACGGCGCUUGAUAUGCGGAUAAACACAUUGCCUGCCACCAGUGGAAAGGUCAGUGCAACGCAGUCAUCCCAAUCGCGAUCUGAAAUCACUGCUAAUAAUAAGGACACGUUUCAGGCAUCAUUCCCCCAAGUUGUCGGCUAUGACAGCCAGCAGGUUUACACCCCUCGCGAACAGAGCCUGCAGUCUCGUCUCGUGCUGUGCCAGCAGCCGCGCGCGGACAUGGAGAGGGAGCGCGAGCGAUCGCUGUCCUCCUCCGUAGCCUCGCAGGCGUCCUACAUGAAUAACAACGAGCCGCCUUCGGAAUCGCCGAGGAAACGGCUGGGAGAGGCGUCGUCUGGCGUCGUCACCGAGAUCAAAGCCAUUCAACAGACACGGAGAUUGCUGGCAAAUGCCAGAGAGAGAACCCGCGUGCAUACCAUCAGCGCAGCUUUUGAGGCGCUCCGAAAACAGGUGCCGUGCUACUCCUAUGGGCAGAAGCUCUCCAAGCUGGCUAUAUUAAGAAUCGCCUGCAACUACAUCCUGUCCCUGGCUCAGCUUGCAGAGCUGGACUACACCCCGGACCACAGCAACCUGAGCUUCAGGGACUGCGUGGAGCAGUGCACGCGCACGCUGCAAGCAGAGGGCAGAUCCAAGAAGAGAAAGGAUAGUGAAGGAGAGACAGGAAAUGACUGGGGAGAGGGAGACAGGGAAGGAUUGGCAAAUGACCCAGGCCGGAAUCGAACCCGGCUCGCCAGCAUAGUAAACCAGUACCCUACCGUUAGGCCACAGCAGGACCAGGAGUCACUGGGUUAAUCGGGAUGAUGAGAGCAACUGUUCUAGCCACCAGGAGUAAAAAAUGAUGCAGCGACAUGAAGGAUUCAUCUCUGGUGGCAUCAGAUGAAGUUGUGUGGUGGGGAGGACUUAUUAACUCCAGGAGACCGACUGCAGAAGAGGACAAGACCUCUCUUCUCUCCCUACGCAGUCCCUCACCGCCAUACACUAGAACCAUUGACUAGAACACUAAAAGAAUCAUGAAAAGGAGACGGAAUGCUUCUAGAACCCCUCUGGGUGGUUCCAUGGAGAGUGGAAGGUUCUUCACAUCAGGAAUGGUUCCUCAUCACUUCACACCAUGGACUAUACUAACUACAUACAGUAUUUCACAAAGUUCCUUUUGAACUUUUUGAACUUUUUAGCCUCCAUGGUUUCGUUGAGGGACUGAAAAAGGUC